AUGGAGCUGGAAUCAACACAGCAGCAGCAGAUAGCGAGGAGGCUGGUUCUGUCAGCUCAUCACUUCUGCUGCAGGUGUCCGAUGUUCUCACCUUGUGAUGUGACUUCGUCCCUGACAGCCAGGAUCGAUCCAACACAGGACAGCGGCGUGAUGACUGAUGAGCGGCAUCCUCGUUUAUUUCUGGACUGGACACACAGAAUCUAG